CUCUGUUGCUGGAGGACAGGCGGCGGCGGUGGCGGCAGCGGCGGCGGUGGAUCGACUCGUUGUUGCUUUCGGACCGGGAGUUUUCCUUUUUCCUCGGUGCGCUCUCACCUCUUGUGCGCUCUUGGACGCUAAGGAAUUGGGGAGCCGAUCAUGGGGUCAUCUUCACCAUCAUCUUCAGCAUCUUCAGCAACAUCAGCACCACACUUUACUUUCUUCACCGCAGCGCCGGAUCACGAGGAGAGCGCACUAAAAUAAAACUCUGUGGCUUUGUCGUCGAUUUACACUCCAGGAAACUUUUCUUCAGAAAAAUAUUUGACCAUAAAACGGGUGGAAUGGAGAUCCCAACUUUCCUGCUGUCGAGUUUUGCUCUGCUCUUUGUCGGAGGGGAUAUUUUCACCAGGGCCAUGCUGAGUGACAUUGGGGACUAUGUAGGUACAGACAUUGAAAUAUCCUGGUUACCUAAUCUGGAUGAUUUAAUGAAAGGCUAUGCCAGAAAUUUUCGCCCUGGGAUAGGAGGUCCACCAGUGAAUGUGGCCAUGGCUAUUGAAGUUGCCAGCAUUGACCACAUCUCUGAAGCCAACAUGGAAUACACCAUGACCGUGUUUCUGCGGCAGAGCUGGCACGAUGACCGCCUUUCCUACAAUCACACCAACAAGACUCUGGGAUUGGACAGUCGCUUUGUGGACAAGCUGUGGCUGCCCGACACCUUCAUCGUUAAUGCCAAAUCUGCUUGGUUCCACGAUGUCACCGUGGAGAACAAGCUGAUCCGCCUGCAGCCCAACGGAGUCAUUCUAUACAGCAGCAGAAUCACUUCGACUGUGGCAUGUGACAUGGACCUGACCAAGUAUCCCAUGGAUGAACAGGAGUGUAUGCUGGACCUGGAAAGCUAUGGUUACUCCUCAGAGGAUAUUGUGUAUCACUGGUCGGAGAGUCAGAGACACAUCCACGGACUAGACAAACUGGAACUCUCCCAGUUCACCAUCACAGACUAUCGGUUUGUCACCGAAAUGAUGAAUUUCAAAUCUGCGGGAAGAUUUCCUAGACUCAGCCUUCGCUUCCAGCUGAGACGUAACCGAGGUGUCUACAUCAUCCAGUCAUACAUGCCUUCCAUAUUACUGGUCGCCAUGUCCUGGGUGUCCUUUUGGAUCAGCCAAUCUGCGGUCCCUGCUCGUGUAUCCUUAGGUAUCACAACUGUUCUCACCAUGACCACGCUGAUGGUGAGUGCCCGCUCCUCCCUGCCACGAGCGUCAGCAAUCAAGGCGUUAGACGUCUACUUUUGGAUCUGUUAUGUGUUUGUGUUCGCGGCACUCAUUGAGUACGCCUUUGCUCAUUACAACGCUGACUACCGACUCAAAGAGAAGGCCAAGGUGAAGGCCAGCAAGCUCAGCUCUGAGUCCAUUGUGAAGAACGGCAAACAGGCUAUGGUUCUGUUUUCUCUGUCGGUCACCGGAAUGAACCAGGGAGUGAUGAUUUCCAACCGCCAUGGCCGAGUCCAGCGCUCUAGCAGCGAAAUCCCCGGAGAGGGCGGCUCUGAGGACACUGAGUCGAGGAGGAGAAGGUCCAGGCAGGCGGAUGAGAGCGAGGAGGAGAAGAAGUGCUGUUCCAAGUGUGUCUGCAAGCCAAUCGAUGCUGACACCAUUGACAUCUACGCCAGAGCUGUGUUCCCUUUCACUUUCGCUGUGGUGAAUGUGAUCUACUGGGUAGCGUAUACCAUGUGAGAAGGAGGCAGCAGGUCCGUGCGAAUGGCUGCCAUCCAGUGCUGUAUAUAAGAAACUGCUGGAGUUGCGCCACUUAAAUGCUGGCAGACUGGUGCAGCUGAAAAUACCGCAGGCCUCAGUAAAGAAAAAAAAAACUUCAGAGGAAAUGAAGUGUUACAGCCUGUGAAUAUGGAAAUAUGGUAUUUAAUGGAAGUAGGGUUUAAAAAGUGUUAACAGGACUAUAUCUUCAAAUACAAAUACAGAAAUGCUUUGUGUAAAGGCAAAGGACUGUGUUGCCUGUUGGAGGUUCACAUACUCAGCAAUCCAGAUUUCCACGUCAUCCUGUUAUUAUAUGAAAGAACUCAACACAGGACACUACAACUGCUCGAACACUACUGACCACAGGCACAUAUCCCCCAAACACAAAUAAGCAUAGUUUGCUUAACUUAACUCAGAGCCACAAUCUGGAGUGACCCGCCUGUUAUCUUGAAAAGUAAUAGUGCCGCCCAAACAAGAGGAUAACAAGAUGAGCUGUACUACUAUUCUGCAUGGCUGAUAAAUCACUCACCCUCUUCCCCUGCCAUCACCACCCCCUCUCUUCCUCUCUCUCCAUCGGUCCUCCACCCAUUUUCUUUCAGUUCAUUUUUCGUUUAGGACACCAGCUAGGAGUGUCUUAUCUCCUUCUUCCAGUUCUGCCUGUUUCCUCACCAUUAAAGGACUUCUUCCACUACCUGUGUGUGUGUGUGUGCUUCUCUCCUGGCUUCAGAUGGUCACUUGAACUUAAAAUCCAAACAGUUGUUGGGUGUGAUUUAAA